AGAAUCGGGAGCGUCGCCAGCAACACUUCUCGUGCUGAUCUGAUCGACGCGAGCCAGAAGCCGUGAAAAUGAAAAGGGAAAUCGGUUUGCUUGGCGGCGUGGCGUUUAUUUCAGGAACCAUGAUUGGAUCGGGUAUAUUCAUGUCGCCGCAAUUUGUGCUGGCCUACAUCGGAAGUCCUGGAGCCAGUUUGUUGAUCUGGGCCUUCUGUGGCGUUGUAGCCAUGUUUGCCGCCAUGUCCUACACCGAACUUGGAACCAUUAUUCCUGAGUCUGGGGGAGAAUUUAUUUACAUCCUGCGGAUCUAUGGCUCGUUUCCCGCUUUCUUGGCGGCUAUAACUUUUGUCCUGAUUGUCAGGCCUUUUAGCGUGGCGGCAGUGGCCAUCAGCAUUGCAAAGUAUGCAACAGCCCCCUUUUACAGCGGCUGCGAUCCUCCGCAGCUGCUAGUCAAGUGUGUUGCGGCCGGAGUCAUACUGACUGUUGCCACCGUAAAUAUCUUGAACGUACGCCUUGCCGUCAAAAUCCAGGUCGUCUUCCUUUUCGUCAAGGUCUUAACCUUGACGUUGAUUGUAAUUGGAGGGAUUGUGGCGCUCACACGGAGCCAGCGUGUCAUUGUGCAAAACUUGAGUCCUGAUCAUGCAUUUGAGGGCACUCAAUACUCUUUUAGCACAACCGGAAUGGCUUUUUAUCAAGGACUCUGGUCCUAUGCGGGCUGGUACAAUUUAAAUUAUAUUAUUGAGGAACUGAAACGACCCCAGGUGAGACUGGUUUUUUUCCAUUUACUUUACUCUCCCAAUUGUUCUAUCAUUAGGAAUGCAAUCGCAAAAAUCCCAAUGUGUUUUUGUGAAUUGUCUCAAAGUUCAGUUGAACAAAUGUUUUAUUGUUGUGUCAUGGGCAGACUUUUUCAUGCCAUUUAUUUGAUCAAUGACAAACAAUAAUUUUGCAUCUCAAUCGGAAGAUGGCUUAAAUUUGUUACCACUUCUACUGCAGAAGCCAGAUUUUGUCAUACCACUUUAUGAAAGAAAACAAAAACCACCAUACUGUAGGAAAUCAAGGUGAAAACUACAAACAGAAGCAAAACAAACAAUAAAAUAAAAUGUCAAUACCACUAACCCUUUGCCAAUGUCUCACCAAAACAGAUAUGUCAUUUCUCACUGUGUUCUUCUC